GGUAGAAACAAGUGUGUAGACACACACUGGAUAAGACAGAGGAGUGACUAGUUUUAUCCAAGGUGGACUCAAGUCACAGGAAGCAAAACAACAAAAAAAAGCUCUGGCAGCAGCUGAAUCUGACUGGAGAACAUAAGAGCCAAACCACGUGGAGCACAACCAACUGACCUGAGUGCAGCCGGAGAGGUUGAGGUGGAUGAGAUUGUGACAACCAUUCCCAGCGGACAGUUCUUACUGAAACGACAACUCCUGCAAGGCUCAGGAUGCGUGUGACCUCCUUUUUCCUCCUAGUCUCCCUGACCCUCCUGUUGCUCCCACUAGCUGAAAUGAGAAUGGGCAGGGGGCGGGGUCUCAAGGGUGUUCAACGCAAACAGGCUCGAGACAGGGUAAGAGGUAACGGGCGCCACAGCCGAUCAGGCCUGUCCAAGCACAUCAUACCUGACUGCUCAGAAUCUACGCAAUCUGGAGACGUCUAUGUGGACUGUCAGAACAGACGCCUCAAAUCCAUUCCCACCUCUCAGAUCUGGUCGAAACAACCAAAGCACCUCCUGUUAGCCCGUAAUAAGCUCAAAGUCCUUCCUAAUGGGGCCUUUUUGGGAUUUGAAAGCUUAAUCAGUCUGGAUUUGCAACAGAAUCAGAUCUCACUGGUGGAAGAUGAUGCUUUCCAGGGUCUACCACGCCUUCGAAACCUGCUGCUGCAGCAUAAUCACCUGAGGACACUGAGCGAGGAGGCCCUCAUCCCCAUGCCACACCUUCGCUUCUUACGUCUGUAUGACAAUCCCUGGAACUGCCUCUGCUCAAUGGACAGUCUCAUACGAACCCUUCAGGUGCCAAGCAACCGUAACCUAGGAAGGCAUGCCAGGUGUGCAGAGCCUAGCAGGCUCAAAGGCAUGAAGUUGAAGAAGGUUGACGCCGAAAUACUCUGCAAGGAGGCAGACCCGGGCAAUGACUCACAGGGUGAUGAAACAGAGCCAAUCAUAGACCUCAUAGAGCCCAGUGCAAUUCGCACCAAACCAGAUGCCACCACAUUUUGCCACACGUACCUGUUCCCCCAACUAUGGACAGACUGCAGCAACCGAGGUCUAACCGAGGUGCCUUUGGGUAUUCCAGAGGAUAUAGUUCAUAUGGAUUUGUCCCAUAACUCCAUCAGUCAUCUCAAAGCCAAAGACUUCCAAAAUGCGAGGAGCCUUAGAACCCUCAACCUCAGCCAUAACCACAUGGAGCACAUCAACACAGCUUCCCUGUUUGGGCUCCUGCACUUACGUGAGCUGGAUCUGUCUGACAACAACCUGCACACUGUCCAGUACGGCGUUCUGGAAGACCUUUACUUCUUGUCACAGCUAAAGUUGGGAGGAAACCCUUGGGUGUGCAACUAUAGCAUCCACUACAUCGUGUACUGGCUGCACCUUCACCCAGGAGUGAGGUACACCGGCCUGAUUUGUCACUCCCCUCCGGAACACGCUAGUGACAGUGUGGAGGUGUAUGUGCAUUCCUACAACAGAGAGUGUCCAAAGGACAGGCAGCACAGCAAAAUGGAUCAAGGCCAUACGGACCCCCAACUUUGGAACACACCUCUGGAACUGCAGGGAGAGCUGGAGGAGGAGCUGGAACCCAGCCACUUAAGGAAACCGCAGAAAUAUGAGAUCUUCAGGCUGUCGUAACUGAAGUGAAAAACUGACCUACAACUGACUCUGAAAAGGCUUUACCCUGCCCCCCCCACCACACACACACCGCGUUUUUCAUUUCCCUUCAGUAUUUCCAAAGCAGUCUGCAUCAGAUGGUGUAAAAUUUUCAAUGAUCUUAUGAUUUUUUUUUCUGUAUUGUACAUUUCAUAAAAAGAGGAUCAGUUAUUAUUAUUGUUAUUGUUAUUUUAAAAUUUUCAGAAAUAGAACAUAGUCCACAAUACACAAACAUUUAUCCAAACAAACAAAAAGGAAGAACAUUAAGAGUAAAAUGUAGACAUGUCAAAUACACUCUAUAAAAUACACACAUUCACAGUAAAAUUCCAAACACAGGCACAUCCAAAAACAUUUUGGUGGCCGGAGCAGGCCUGCUCCAUCCUCGCAAAGAGAAGCAUCUUGCUCAUUCAUUUAUUGAAGCAAGACAGAAUUAACGAUUUGGCUGUAACCGCCCCCACUAUAAGAGCCUGUUUUUCAUGUUUGGGAAGAGUCUUCCUUAAAUCAAAGCAACCAACAAUUGCUAGACUAAAAAAGAAAUACAAGAAAAACAUUCAUUUUUUUGCUUUGCUUUAAACUGGCUACUGGUUGCUCAGAGUCACCACAGUGGUUCUAGUCAAGAUCCACAUUGAAAAUUUGUAAACAUUUUAGACCAGAUGACCUUCCUGGCACAACUCCAUUCAUACAAGAAGAAACGCAUACACAGCUCCUGGUUUUCCAAAACAGUCUCCCAGCCAAAUACUCAAAAAUUAUGAAAUACUGGCCAGAAGGUGCGAGACCCUUUGGCAACAUGACAUUUAUCACCUACUGGGCAACAUAGCACCAAAUAUUGCAUUUAGUUUGGUUUUAGAGAAAUGCAACCUGCAUAAUACUUUAACGGUAUAAGCUGGUAGCUUGGAUUAAUGGAACACUUCCAAAUACUAGACAAUGACUCGUCCUUAUCUUAAUUUCAUAAUGGAGCCCCAAGCCUCCCUGACACUGGCAGUGCCAUCAAGGUAAUGUAAAUGCUUUGACAAAUUAAGUCAGAUGAAGUUUGAUGUGUAAGCAGCAAAACAUGAAAAACAGUUUUCUGGUUUAGUUGUAAAUUCUAGAAAGGCAACAGUGUCUAUGGCAAAACAGCUGCUGGUGUAUUAUUAAUUUGAGCUGAGUACAUGGAUGGGGUAAACCCCAUCUGAUAUCGCAACAUGUAAGACAACACAACAGAUUGCUCAACCACACAACUCCAACUCCAGUAGAUUUCAACUGUGUAUCAAACAUAACUCACUCAUUCAUUGUCAACCACUUACUCCAAUUAAGGGUCACGGGGUGGCUGGAGCCUACAGUCACAGGGCAUGAGGUGGGGUACACCCUAGACAGAAUGCUAGUCUAUUCCAGGGUCACAAACAGACAAACACAUUCACACCCGCACGCACACCUACGGACAAUUCAGAGUUUCCAGUCCACCUAUCCUGCAUGUCUUUGAAUGUGGGAGGAAGCCAGAACACCCUGAGAGAACCCAAACAAACACCAAAGAGAACAUGCAAACUCUACACAGAAAGACCACAGGUGGGACUCAACCCCACCACUUUCAUGCUGUGAGGCAACAGUGCUAACCACUAUUCCACCUGGUGCUGCCCUGUAUCAAACAUUUAGCCACUAAUCAUAAGAUUCCAAAAUGACUACUUGUCGCCAAAUUUGUCUUGUAUCCAUGACCUAAUGUCAGCAUCCAUAAAACAAAAAACUUACCAUGAAACACAAAACUGUUUUGAGGUCCUUCACAAGCACGCCUUCAUUUCCUGGACUUUAACAUUGUCUAUUAUGUUUGACUUGGCCUGUAAUGGAAAAGAGGAGGCCUUGUUCUACCUUCAGCUGCUGCAGUGAACACAGACCUAUGUGAACUUGCGCCGCUGCCUCAUUACCGCUGCUGUGUAGUCUGGGAUGAUGUAGACUUUAUAGCCUUUACAAUCCAGUCACUGACAAUUCUGAAGAUGUUAUAUGUGUUUCUCCUCUUUUUUGAAGUGAAUACGAGCAAUGACUGAUCUAAUUGUGAUCAAAAGGCUCAGUGAGCUCAACUGAUGAUCUUCACUGAAGUAAACCUGUCAGUUCCCAGAGGUUGUGGAAUUGUCUUGAUAUAUUAUGAUGAUCUAUACCCUUCCAGCUCUGGUAUAUAGAAAAUCUUCAAGGUGUUGCAGUGGUAAUCCCUCAAAGUCUUCCUGUUUUUCCUUGCAUGUAGUGUUCUGUCUUCAAGACACUACUGACUCACAUUCAUACUACUUGAGCUUCCCUUCAGCUGAUAUCAUUUCCAGAAUUUCCAAUUGAGAACUUUGAACAGUCUACAGGAUCUGCAUGUCAAAAUGAUAAUCAUUCUGAUGAUUCUGUCAGAGAACUCUUCCCAGAUGAGUGGAAGGUUGCCCAAGUCAUCAUCUGUACCAUCCUGAAGUCUGUUAGCACUAGGACUGCUAGCGCUUGAUGCUAAAUUACCUGGCUAUUUGGUAGCUUUAGGUGGCAUAACUGGUCCAAUAAUGUGAAGGAAAAAAAAAAGACGAGCUAUCGCAAGCAAAAAAGCUCUGCAAUAAAUAAACAAAUGAAUGUGGCCUAAUUAUAUUUUUAAGGGUUCCCAUGGAGGAGCCCGUGCAAAUGCAUUUGCUCCAUGCGCUGCUCACUAGCGCCCCCAACAUUUCAGUAUUUUUAAAAAUUUGUUUUUGUAUUGUUAACUUGAAAACAUGCAUUAUAAGCACUGACAACAAAAACACUGACAUGGUGCAAGACACUCACUGACAAAUUUUAAACGGGUCCAUUUUAGGUUCGCACAGUUACACAGAUUGAUACGGAUCACAAACGGGCGACAGUUCUGCAGAAUCUGCUUCACUGUGCUGUCCGUUAUCCAUUCUCUCUCCACUGAAAAGUUGAUCUGAGAUGACAAACAUUAAGAAAGAUGAUCAAUACUGUUGUUUUAAGUCUAAUGUUUAACAACACUGUAUGAGAUGAACAAGUACUCUCACUAUACUGACCUGACUCCAGUGUCCCUGACUGGAUGAUGGCUUUCCAAGUGCAACACACCUCGGCACAAUUUAUCCAGUCUCGUAAUUGCAGAUACUGAAAGAUCUAAAGAAAACAAAUGUUGGAAAUCCCAAAAAUGUAUCUAUUUAUGCAACGGAACAUUUAAAUAUAAAAACACCAAAAAUAAUCCUAUUUUUCAAAAUUAAAGUAAAUUUUAUGCACUUAUUUUAAGUGAACUUGUAUUUCUGUUAUGGGUUGUACAUAAUAUCAUGUUUCCUCCAAAUAGUAGGAAUUACUCUGCAUAAGAUUAUUGUAAUUGUUUGUGUGUGUAUUUUCACUGAACUUAGUGGGAAUCUUACUUUGGCUAGUAUCUCCAGAUGAUUUAGCGUUUAGAACAGAUUGGCCAAAGGUCUACUCAAGAUCAUUAUGGUCAUGCAAAACAUAAUACGAAGAAAAAAAAA